CCUUCUCUUGUCAUCUGUCUCAGGGAGAGCUAGCUUUCAAUUAGUUGCCGUAACACGGAAGUUCCUUCUAAACUUCUUUGACUAAAAGGUUUAGCUGCCCCCGUUGCAAAGCAGCCCAUGAAUGUACAUUGCCAGCAGCCCGGGCCCUGAACGGUUUCUUCGCAGUAUUUCUUUUGUUCCCGCGAGUGAUAUGGAGGCUCAGCAAAGCCUGAAGCUUGCGGUCCGGGGAGUUGUUUGCGCCUCAGCGGCGGUCUUUUCGAUCCUAGCGCUGCCGGAUGCUGGACUUGAGGAGCUCUACCUCCGAGAAGGGGCCGUGCCGGACCCGCGGCUACUUGAGCUGCCGCUGUGUCGUCUCAACCCAGAGCUCUGUGCAGGAAAAACGAAGCUGCAGCAACAGCAGCUCGCCGCGGCCUCCAGAAUGCAUGGAUCCAUAUUGCACGUGGGCGGCGCAGGGCUGGCGGCUUGUUGCGUUGCAAGCUUGCUGCUUGGCCUUGUGCUGCAGUUCUGGGUGCUUGGCCUCGGUGCUGCGAGCAGAGAACCGCUUGAGACGAGGUUUGAGGCGCCUGGCGGGCGGCUCUCUUGGCGGUGGUGGUGGUUCUUUCCCUGCGAGUUCAGCUACCCAACGAUGUCCAUGAAACUUUGGGUGUUUGCUCUGCUUUGGGCCCAUUGUCAUGUGUUGAUGGCGCCCAGGCCUGGGGUUUUGUCUACGCCAGAGCUAGUGGAGCUUGUUGCGCGCCCUACGCCAUGGAAAUAUCCGAUGCUCUGCAACAAGUGGCUCCUUCCAAACCUCACGGAGAAGACAGCAAGUGGCUGGAUGGAAUUCCUCAGCCAGCUGCGCUUGGGGAUGGUUCUUUCCUGGUUGGGCUUCAUUCUGCUGCCCAGCUCUGGCAAAGAUGGGUGCCUGCCAGUCUUUCUGAGAGCCUUCAGCGGCCUGCUCUACGGCUGCGGUGCGCUCGUCUACGCAUACCUGGGGAUCAUUACAUACACAUACAAUCAGAAACACUCCGAAUACGGCACCAUCCUUUUUGCUUUGGCUAGUACAGCAGCCGUGCCCUUCCUGGAGACCAAUCCAUUGGCUGGCGCUUGGUUGCGGAAGUUCCUCGUCAUGUGCUCAAUCAUUCCCAUCUACCUCUUCGCAGGCGUUUGCAAGGUGAGGUACCUGGGCGUGCCGACGCUGGUGACAGGUGAGUGGCUCUUGGAUGCGGUGACGCACCAGGCACAUGGCUUCAGCUGGCUCCCUAGCCUGAACAGAUAUUUGUCCAUGUCUCCUUGGAUUUGCAUGUUCAUGUCCUGGGCCACCUUGGUAUUUGAGCUCAUCCUUCCGGCCAUCGUCGUGGCCACCAUGGGGCCUUCUCUCCACUCCGGGUCUGCCAUUCGGCUGCUGUACUUCCUUGGCACUGCGAUGUUCCACGUGCAGGUCUUCUUCCAGUUGGGGCCGAACUGGGUUGUCCAGCUUCUGCUUCUCCUCUUGGCCUCCGACCCCCUCGCUUGGAUUAAGGGGAAACCGCCGAGGCCCACGGUGUCCGCGUCUCUGAAAAAAGCGCCAUGCUUUGGCGACCACCUACGCGGGGUCUUGGGCUUCCUGACGCUCGCGGCCUGGUUUGCGACUCAAUUUUGGUCGGACCUAGACCACCUGCUCUUCCAAUUCCCCUGGGCCGCCAAUCACGAGCCCCUCUUGCCCGUGCCGGAGAUGGACAUGUUCUCUCCAGCCGGAGCGGCUUCCAGCUACAAGACAUCCUUUGCAGUUGUUGUGCUUUUGGUCAUGCUCUUGCUGGCGAAAAUCGGUUCGGAUGUACAGUCAUACCAGUUGAUUGUGCGCGAGCGUACGCAAGAUAUAGGACCUGCCUAGAUCACUUGACUUUCUAUCAAUGUGGUUCAAAGCGACCAUGAUAUUUGGUUUCAUUGUGCCACCUCAGCUAGCGAGAUGAUGA